GUCCUUUUAAGCAUCACAUCAGCCACUCUUUCUUACCUAUAAAUCAUUCUCUCCCUUCUUCCUACUUUCCUAACAAUCUUACAAGGAGAGAUCAAAUUAACCUAAUUUGAGUGAAAAGAGAUGGGUAGAGCUCCAUGUUGUGACAAGGCUAAUGUGAAGAAAGGACCUUGGUCUCCAGAAGAGGAUGCUACCCUCAAAUCUUACAUUGAAAAAAAUGGAACCGGGGGAAAUUGGAUUGCUCUUCCCCAAAAAGUUGGACUCAAGAGAUGUGGAAAGAGUUGCAGACUAAGGUGGUUAAAUUACUUGAGGCCUAAUAUCAAACAUGGUGGAUUUACUGAAGAAGAAGACAACAUCAUUUGCAGCCUUUACAUUAGCAUUGGAAGCAGGUGGUCCAUUAUUGCUGCUCAAUUACCUGGAAGGACUGAUAAUGACAUCAAGAACUAUUGGAACACAAGAUUGAAGAAGAAGUUACUUGGGAAGAGAAAACAAUCAAAUAAUAAUAGUAGUUUGAACCAAAAGGACACAAAUGGAAAUAUAGAAGAAAAUUCACUAAGCAAUUCAGCUCUUGAAAGACUCCAACUUCAUAUGCAACUUCAAAACCCUUUCUCUAAUUUCUACCCUUCACUCAUGUGGCCAAAGUUGCAUCCUUCUCAAGAAAAAAUGAUCCAAACCCUACAAGCUUUGAAUCAUCCUCAUCAUGAUAAUAACCCUAUCAUGCAAAAUUCUUUCAUGACAUCCUCAUACAAACCUUCUAAUGAUGUUAUUCAACAAGAUGGUGCAAAGAUCAAUAGAAAUGAUCCACAAGUUGAUAUUUUGGUGGAGGAGAAUAUUAUUCCUUUGAAUUAUAAUAAUAGUAAUAAUUAUAAUUCAAUGAUCAACUCAAGUCUUGUAGCACCAAGAGGAGAAGCUAUUGAGAAGAGAACUAAUGAAGGAAUUCAACAACUUGGUGCAAUGCAAAAUGAACUAGAUGACAUUCUCAACAAUAGAAUGGAUUACUUACAAAAGGAGGAAGAUGAAUUUGAUUGUUUUAGAGAAAUGAAUGUUUCAAAGGAAAGCUUGAUAUGGUGGUCAAAUGAUUCUGAUACUAAAUCAGGAUCCUCAAACUCAUGGGAUUCAUCAAAUAAUCAUCAAGUUCUUAUGCAAGAUCAAGGGAUGUUUCAAGAUUAUGUACUAGGUUACAGUAUGUAGUAACCUAUAAUAUAUUAUUUAACAUUUGGAUUUAACCUUUAUGGCCAUUCAAAUUUGUUGCCUUUGUUGGUCAUAAGAUGGGGAAAGAGAAGUAACAUGUAUUGUAAACAAUGGUGAAUAUAUGUAUUAUAUAAUAAUGUACAUUGAUGCUUGAGUAAUUAAUCUAGAAAAUAGUACUGUUUGUUCUCAGACAA